UCCAUUCUGUGGAUGAUCCCUUGAAAAGGGGUAGAGACUAUGAUAAUGAUAUAGUCUUGUUUUACACAAUGAGUACGGUAAUGUUAAAUGCCCUCAUGUCUCCUCAGCGAUAUAGAGGGAGUUGGGCAGCACCAUCCCCCAACUCGGCCUUGGUCAAUGGAAUAGGGUACUUUCACUGCGCAUACGCGGAAGAAGGCUCUGUUUGCGAGCAGAGCAAUAUAAAAUUGGAAUUGAAAGUGGCUCCCAACGAGAAAACGAGGUUACGUCUGAUUGACGGCGCAGCGCAUGCUAUGUUUCGAUUUUCAGCUGAUGGACAUCCUGUUGGAAUUAUUAUGUGUGCUACGUAA